AUGGUAUGCGUCACUGGCACAAAGCCCAGACCAGCUCAUCCAGCCAUAACUAUUGGAGACCGUCUCACUCGCAGGCUAACCAAUCGAUAUCGAGAUGACGUCAUAUGCCCUUCUCGUGCAAGCUGCUAAACAAGACUUCGGUAACGGCAUACCUAUAAUGAAAUGGAUAACUUCACAGAGAAAUUCAAAUGGUGGAUUUGCCUCAACACAGGACACAGUUAUCGGAUUACAAGCAUUAUCAGAGUUUGCUGUAAUGGCAUACUCGGACAAUUUUGAUAUCCAAGCAACAAUAACAGCUGGAACAUUUACACAGCAAAUUCUCCAUCAACAAGCAAAACGCACUUGUUUCCAAAACUGUAGUGAUAAACCUCUCAUUCAUGUGGAACAGGAGAUUGAGGAGAAAUCAUUUGAUGUCACUGUAACAAUGGUUCAAGAAACUGGUCGACUCCUCUCAUCAAAACAUGUGCUACGUAAGUUUAAAUGCUAG